ACAACCCUCUUUCCCAACUACUUCGUGGCUGGGAAAGAGAUGAGCUCAAAUGUUAAAUGAGCUCAUCUCUAACACGCAUGUCUGUUGAUUUUGUUAGUGUGGCGUUCUGGCUAUGAUAAAAACUAAUUUUUGAGUGUGUUUUUGCUUCUUGUUUAUUUAAAAACGAUUUUAAAAUAUUUCUAACUUUUCUAGUUUCUGGGUAUACUUUUGAGGAGACUUGUAUUAUAAUGGUGUUAUACUGUUUGCAGACACUAGAGGGAGAUAGUGAGACAUUUUUGCUCAUCCGUGCUGAACUUUGGAACUAAAAUCCGGGUUUUAACAAAUGUGGGUCAAGCUGGAUAGUUCCAAACGUUGCAGUCAUAUGACUUCAGCCUGGUUGAAUGUGAGUCCCAAAAAGAAAGAAAGAAAGAAAACUAUAGAAGAAGAAGAAGUGCUGCAGGCGCUAUAUCAAAAGUUUUAAAGCGCAUGACUGCGUUGAACACGCUAGUUUGUGGUGUUUUUUUGCGCACGGGGAGAUCAUGGGAGGUCUUUGGAAGAGGCUUCUCUGUUUUGGAUGGAUUAAAAGGUGAUUUCCCUUUUUCCUCACCUGUUUGCGGGGCGAUCGCAUGGAAGACCUGGAUGGCGGAACUGUGCGACAGACUGCGGGGCAGAGAGAGACGCGGCGCGUCCCCCCGCAGGAGGAACCCAACGCUCCCAUUCGGAGGAGAGUGGCGGCGGUCAGCUGUCCGGCUCUGUCCGCCGCUCGCCUCGCCAUACCCGGAGUCAUGGACGCGGAAGGGAGGGUGGACGAGUCCAGACUGAGGAUGCACAUCUGCAAAAACGGUGGAACUUCUCCAUCAGAUCGUGGCCUGGUGUGGCGUUUCCUGUUCGGAAUGUACCCGUGCAGUUCCACGGCUUUGGAGCGCUCUCUGCUGCAGGAGCAGCUGUUUGUGCGUUAUCGGGUCAUGAAGAAGAAGUGGCAGACGUUUCUGCCCUCGGCAAAGAAAAUUAGCCUAAAUGGCACAGACGUUGAGUUGAUCAAAGCUGUCAGGUACUUUGAAGAGAGGGAGGCUGAGGCACAGCAGGAGAACCAAUUCCAGUCUGAGGAGGUCCAGGUGAGACUCGCUUUUUUGGAGCUUCAAGCACAGUUUUUGUUUGGAGGCGUCUCUUUUCACCGCGAGGAGCUGCAGGAAGCCAUUAGGAUCAUCGACAAAGAUGUUCCCAGAACCAACAGAGAUCUAAGCUAUUACCAGAAUGAAGGCUUAGGAAACCUGCUGGUACUGAGAGAUAUUCUCAUCACUUAUGCAGCGUUUCAUCCAGAGGUGAGUUAUGCCCAGGGGAUGAACGACCUGUGCAGUCGUUUCCUUGAAGUUCUGGACUGUGAGAUUGACACCUUCUGGAGUUUUUCCUGCUACAUGGAGAAGUUUUCCAAAGAUUUCCAGGCUGACGGUCUGCACAGGAAAAUUGUGCUUGAGGCAGCCCUGCUAAAGGAAUUGGACCCUCCACUGUAUGCUCAUUUGGCCAAAGACAACAUGGAGAGCUUGACCUUCUGCCACAGGUGGCUCCUGCUCGGUUUCCAAAGAGAGUUUGAGCACAGUGAAGCUCUGCGCUUGUUUGAGAUCCUGAGUUGUGACCACCUGGAGCUCAUCUCACAGCAGGUGGACCGGGCGCGUCAUCAUGAGAGGCUAGCACAAGAAAACAUAGAAGAAGAUAGUCCAGAGUCGGAGCUCCACACUAUCAACACAGACUUUACCUUUGAGCUCUUCGUCUGUGCAGCCAUUCUGCUGGAUAACAGGGACUCUCUCCUGCAGUGCAGAGAUGACGUCCAGCUCAUCCAGUUUACCAGCAGUUUACACAGAAAACUGGACCUGAACAGCAUGCUGCAGAAGGCAGAACGCCACUUCUAUAACUACUGCAAGAGUUGUUCCUGGGAUUAUAUGAACGGACGCUGCAGAGUGAACACAAACACACAGGAAGACUUCAUCGAUCACCUCCGUAGCUUUUUCGCUCUAAAGCGUUAGCUUAAAGGGGUCAAUACACUGUAAUUUAGAAGAAAAAGUACAAUCACAAUGUGUAGUUUUGAUGUUUAAUUUGCUUUUUUAUUUCUGAGGGAAACAUUUAUAAUUACUAUUGGCUGCUCUUGUUAAUGUAUUAUAUUAUUAAUGCCCCAUUAUGUAAUAUUUAGGAUCCUCAUGAGGGCAGUGAUGCCUUUUUGUCAUUUGUUAUCACUGUAUAGUAUUUAUUAUAUAAAGGAAGAGAAAAAGAAAAUAAAAAACUUGUCAAUUGCCUUUU